GUGCGGCCCAGACUGGCGGACGCGGCGGGGAGCUUUAGCGCGCUUUGGCUGUGGGCUUCCGCGGGUUCUUGUUAACGGAAAGCGAUGCUGAAGGCUAAGAUCCUCUUCGUGGGCCCCUGCGAGAGCGGCAAAACGGUGCUGGCCAACUUUCUGACCGAAUCUUCGGAUAUCACUGAAUACAACCCAACACAAGGUGUGAGGAUCCUAGAGUUUGAGAACCCACAUGUCACCAGCAACAACAAAGGCACGGGCUGCGAAUUUGAGCUCUGGGACUGUGGUGGCGAUUCUAAGUUUGAGUCCUGCUGGCCCGCGCUGAUGAAGGAUGCUCAUGGCGUGGUGAUUGUCUUCAACGCCGACAUCCCAAGCCACCUAAAGGAAAUCGAAAUGUGGUAUUCCUGCUUCGUCCAGCAGCAGUUCCUCCAAGACAGCCACUGCAUGCUUGUGGCCCACCACAAACCGGGCUCCGGAGGAGACAAGGGCAGCCUGGCUCUGUCUCCCCCCUUGAACAAGCUGAAGCUGGUGCACUCAAAUCUGGAGGAAGACCCCGAGGAGGUCCGGGUGGAAUUCAUCAAGUAUCUGAAAAGCAUCAUCAGCUCCCUGUCGGAGAGCAGGGACCGUGAGGAGAUGCUCAUCAUCACCUAGCAACCCUGCGCCAUCCAUCGCCUCCCAGAGGACGCUGCUGCCCCAGGCAGAGCUCAUAUCCCACCCAGCCGCUGACACACCCUCCUGCUAUGGCUGCACAAGUGUUCCUUAUCGUCUCCAAGGUUCCAGGAAGAGUCAGGCAUGGUGGCACACGCCUGUGAUCCCAGCUCUUGAGAGGCUGAGGUAGGAGGAGGGUUGAGAGUUCAAGGCCAGCCUGGGCUACAUAGGGAGCCCUUAACUCAUCUCUUCUCCAGAAACAAAAAGCUGCCCUGCUUGCCUGUCUUGGCUGUCAUGUAUAAACAUAUCCUUCCGGCAGCCCUAGUACUGUAUUUUCAGGUUGAGCUUCUUACUGGUGAUUAGUGGGAUGAAGUGGCCCAAAGGUGUCCCCAAAUGCAGCCAGGGGACAUGUGUAGAGCGGCUGCUUUCGACUUUGCUGUCAGAGACAGGGAAGUGAGAUGGCUCACUUGCUGCCAAGCCUGACAACCCAAGUUCAAUCCCCAGAAUCCACUUCAAGGUGGAAGGAGAGAGAUCUGACCCCACAGAGUCCUCCUCUGUCUCCACUGGUGACAUGGCACCCCCACAACACACACACACACACACACACACACACACACACACACGCUAUAUGGAGCUGUGGUCAGGAGAGCUUGUUGCUCAUGCUGAGGUCCUGAGUUCAGAUCCCAGCUCCCAUGCUGGGCAGCUCUGAUUGUGACUCUGGGUCUAGGAGAUCCCACUCCUUCCAGAGGAAGGACCAGAGGUCCUGGGUACCUCCCAGACACAGCACAUGCUCACACACAGACUGUAUUAGACACCACGACAAGGCAGCUCACAGAAGACUUUAUUAGGCUUACAGUUUCAGAUAGGGGGACAUGGCAGCCAGCGACAGGUGUGGCAGCAGGGACAAGAAACUGAGGCUCAUAUCGAACCACAAACACAAACCAGAGAGCACAAAGGGAAUGAUGCCAUCAGUCUGUGAACACACAAGCCCACUGCUGCUGACAUAACUCCUCAAGCAAGACCACACCUCCUAAACCUCCUAAACCAUGCCAUCAGUUGGGAGCCCAAGGCUAUGAGGGAUAUCUCAUUCACACUAGACACAAAUACAAGCAUAAAUCACUUUAAAACAAAGGAGUGGGGUAAACUGUGUGGCUUAGAGCCCCACUCGGGUUAGGGGUGUGGUGUAGAAAUAGCACCAGCUUAAAGUGUAUGGGACUGAAAAGAAAAACAAUCUAUACAAAGUGUCUUUAGAAGGAAUACAAGGGGCUGGGCGGUGGCUCAGUUGGCGUGGAAGCAUAAGGACCUGAGUUCAGUCCCCCAGACCCAUGUGAAAAAGCUGGGCAUUGUGGCGUGUCCUUACGAUCCCAGCUUAGGGGAGGCAGAGACAGGCGGGUCCCUUGGCUUGCUGGCCAGCCAGCUUAUGCUAUUGUGUGAGCCUCUCGCCCAUGGACGAUAUUUUCUCAGAAAUAAUGCUGUGGUCUGUGGAGACAGCUCAGUGCUCAGUGUCCUGGCCCCACAAGCAUGAGGACUGGAUUCAGAGUCCCAGAACUCAUGUCAGGCAAGUAUGGUGGCUGCCUGUAAUUCUGGUACAAGAGACGCAAAGACACGAUCCCCAGGGCAAGCUGGCUGGCUAGAGUAGCUGGAAUAGGCCAGCUCUGGGUUUAGCUAGAGACCUUGACUUAAUAAGUAACGUGGCUUAAGUGGGCCCCUGAAGGCACGUGCACGCACAUGCACGCACAUGCACAUACACUGAGGCACAGACACAGAAAAAUAGAUGUGGUGCCUGAACGACCAACUACCAAGGCUGUCCUCUGAGCUUCACACGCAUGUGCACACACUCACAAAGGGACUCUUGUUAUCUUGGCACAUGCUCGUACUCAUCAGCUGCUAGGACUUGAAAGCAGGAGAAUUGGGACUUCAUGUCAGCAUCAACUAUAUAUAUAACAAUUUCAAGGCUAGCCUGGGCUACAUAAGACCCUGGAAGUUUCUAAACAAGAAAAAACAAAACAAAACAAAAACAGGACCUAUGAGAUCCACUGAUACUGUGACAGAGGUUCCUAUGAUUGUGCCCAGUGCUCACUGCGUCUCCAUUCUUGUAACUUGAUGGAACGUCACUAAGAGUGACAAGUAAGGCUGGUAAGAUGGCCCGCGGGUGACGGUGUGUGCCGGCAAGCCUGGCGACCUGAGUGGCAGGGAAUAGCUAACUCCUGUACUCUGAUCCCCACCCCCAACCCCUGCCAACACACACGCACAUCCCUCCGCAUGCUCACAAGUGUGCAGAGAUCCAGAAAAUAAAAAAUAAAGUAAGCAAGAACCCCAGCUCUAUCUCUUGGCUCAUCUGAGACUGGUCGAUACUGGAGGUCAGAAGUCCAAAGUUGACCCCUAUGGGGUCCAAAUCGAGGUGCCACCAGGGCCAUACUCACUCUGGAGGAGCCAAGAGAAUUAUUUGGUUUUGUUGUUGUUCUUUUGGGGAGGAGGUGUUGAGAUAGAUCUCACUCUGUGUUCCUGGCUGGCCUGGAACUCCCUUUGUAGACCAGGCUAGCCAUGAACUCACAGAUCUGCCCGCCUUUGCCUCCCCAGUGUUGGGAUUAAAGGCGUGCCCCAGCACUGAGUCUCCAUUUCCCACUACUGUUAGCUUCUCCCAGCCGUCUGCACUCCUCUAUGGUCACACCACCCUUGUAGUCCAAGGAGAAUGGCAAGAGAGACAGGGAUAGGACUGGAUCCCAGACCUCUUCCCUCUCCUAUGAUCCAAUGGGCGUGGAUUAUAGGUGUCUCCCUCAGAGACCAGAACUACUAAAGCACCAGCCACCACAGUGCUGUAAGCUCUGGGCCUUAAAUGGCCCAGAGGCCCAA